UGUAAGACUUUUUACCGUACUUUUCCUGUAAAAUUAAAAGUAUCCCGAUUAUAAUUUAGAAAGGAAAUUAUCGUCAAUAAUAGUGUUUUUUGAGUUCUUGGGGCGUAAGCGGUAGGAAUCAGUGUUGAGAAAUAAAAAAUCGGAUUUCACCCCAAAAAAUUCAUAGGACUGCCUGCGAAGUGAAUUGCUACCACUUUAUCUUUUGCAAAAUCGACAUCCCUAUUGCAUGUGUUAACAGAUGUCUACAUAAGUUCGGAACGGUUAACUCUUGGUAGAGAAUGUUAGUGGUUUCACGCACAUGUAGUUUAGUUUACCAUGUCAGAUCUACACAGUUUUCUAAUCGAGUUACGCGCAUUAUUUAUUAUUUCCGCUUUUUUGAAUUUUCGCGGAUUGCCCUCCAAGUGGGGAGACGAAUCAGAGGUUACAAUCCGCGCAUGCGCCAAGCGCUUCGUAAAAUUGGCGGGCUAUUUCACAUGUUGAUCAGGUGACCGUUGUUUUGUUUUGUUUUGAAUUCCCAAGGCGCGUGGUCUGCGACGAAUGAUGAAGUAGCAUAUGAAGUAGUCUGCUUUGCUGGUAUAUCGAAGGUAAGUUUCCACCAUCCUUUUUCUCAUCAUUUAUGACCAAUCAAAGAAUUCAAUUCUCCUUAAUCUUGUCUUGACUGGAUGACAAACACAAAAUUUCAACCAUCAGGCUGCAGUCCAUGUGCCUGACCGAAAGGCAUGGUCGUGGACGGCCAGCUAAGCCAGCUUAGCCAUAGAAUAAAGAGACUAACGUCAAGACUGACCUACUCUACUUAUUCUACGGUUUAGCGGUGAUAAAGUCAAAUUCAGAAGUAACGUUAAAUGAUUGUCGAACUAGGUGAUCAGCAGGUAACCAAAGAGUCUAGCAGCUCAUCCUGGUACAAUUUGCUGCAGGUGGUAAUGUCAUUUCUGACGAUUAGUUUUGUCUGCCAGAGAAUAUUUUCAGAACCCCUUCCUCUGCAUGAUCUCAAUAUUUCUGAAGUCAACAUCAGAUGUCUUGUCGGUAAUCCUGGGACUGGUAGGCCACUUCGCUGUAAUGCCUCUACAGCCACUACUGGCUUUAGAAAUUGCUUAACUUUUAUCAAACUACGCCGCAGCUGAAAUUCUGUCAUUGCGCUGUGGUGCGAACCAGUCAAUAGCGUUGAUGCAUUGUCGAAGUAAACUUGUCCGAUUCCUUUGGUUCUUCUGUUUCCUAACAGUCCCAUCGACCUCCUGAGAUCGUUGAGCAUUUGGUUGAAACGUUAGGCAGUCACAUGUAAACACACAAUACAUCGGGUAAUUCUAACAAAGUUCAACAAUGCCAACUGUUCGGAAUCAGACAAUUCCGUUUCCUAACGCGCAGUCCCAAACAACUUACUUUGACAACGCAUCUAUAAUUUAGAUGAGCCCUUUCCCGAUACAAAACCUUACAUUCAAAGCCGUCUCGCACCAGUUUCAUUUCAAACUGAAGUCUUGACAUUGAAUGGAUUUUCUCAUUGGUGGUGGUCUUAAAGGUUUACCUAUUGUCAUCUUGGUUUGUUGAUCGGCCAAUUCAUGGCUGUCAAUGGCUUUAUGACCAGGCACCCAAACAAGUUUAGUUUCUCUGUUUAAUGCUCUAAUGCCAGGAUGUGUUCAUUUGCAGAAACUCUCUUUUAGGAGCUGCAUGGCUUUCAUUUGGGUUAGUGGCGCUAAAUUUCUCAUUGGUGCUCACCAAUUCUGUUGGUUUUCCUAAAUUGUAAGAUAGUCAGAGAACAGUCACGGAAUGAUAGAGUGAAAUUUUGCCAGCCACUUUGGGUCGGGUACCAAGUCUUUUGGACAAGAAAUUUUAGAAGAUUCCAAGUGUAAGCAUAAUAUAGUGUCACUGAUUCUAGCGACUUUCAACUUAUCUUAAUAAGCCAUGUAUUAAUUUUUUUCUUUCCCCACAGGUCUCACUAGCUGAUAGAGGUUACUUGUGUGCUUAUGUGGAAGUAGCAUUUCAAUCGCACAUAUUGGCAGAGUUAAUAGUAGUACCGUGCACUGAACGUUCAUCAACUUGAGAAGUUAACCUUGUGUUACGUCAUUCAGAUGAAAUAGUGGGUCGACUCAAUCUAUUUGCCGACGUUUUUUUAUACAUGACCAGAAAUUUUCUUUCUGCGACAUCGCAAUUGAGAAGAGUUUGCAACUCCGCAUGUUGUGUCAGUAAGCCUUGUAGACCGGAAAAUUUGUAUUUAACUUCAGGCAAGGUACUAACCCAACAAGCAACUGUCGUUGUACACAUUGCCAUAGAUGCUUAGUAUCAGUUCGAAUAGCUGACUUCUUGGGUCCAGAUGCCAAAGAUGUCUCUCACGUCAAACAAAGAAAAGCUAAAGUUGAAGCUUCAAAAAUUCAUGAGAUCUUUAGAUGCAAGCAGCGAUGAAAGUGAUUUUGAACAGCCAGUGUCACCUGUUGCAAAUCCUCCAGUACCACCUGUUGCUGUCAAUCCACCAGUGCCACCUGCUGUGGCGAGCACUCCAAAGAGGCCCUCCCUGUCUCAUCAGGAGUGUAAAAAUUUAUUCAAACGAGGUGGGCAUCUCACUGUGCCCAGUAGCCUUAGAGCUGCAUUUGCUCCUUAUGGGACACCGUCAACAUCGAGUCCUGCACAACCACCUUCGAAAAAACAUAAAAUCGUUGCCAACACAUGCACUCUAGGGAAGCAGGUAGUACUCAUUCCUUUCGCUGCUGACCUAGGUGCUCCAAAUAAAAAUGAUAUUAGUGUCUUGAGUAAACUGCAGCUGGUAAAAAAUUCAGUUACCGUCUCCAGCGUGUAUACAGCUGAUGGUCUGAAGUCCUUUCUGAAGUUUGAAUUUAAACCUUUACUGGAUCAUAUUGACUUUGAAUUAUUAAUAAAGGAAGGUGGAGAUUUGAUUAGCCCUCAACUUCAAGAGGGUAGCUCCUUAACGAGUAAAAAGGCUUCUCAAAUCUUUCACCAAAAAAAGGUUUUUUUGCGGCCGACAGAGGAUCUCGCCAUCGAUAUUUCAAAUGGAAUGGAUAUUCUUAAUAAAUUUAAACCCAAACAAAAGUUUGUAAUUUUCAACGGUUACCUCUUUUAUGAUUUAAAAGACUUUGACACUCCUAAUGAGGAAGAAGCCAGGGAAUCGCCAGAAGAUAGCUGUGUCCCCCCUGCCAAUGAAAGCAACAACAUGACUGAAUCAACAGCUGCUUCUUGCAGCAGCAAUGUACAUGCUACUCCAUCUGAUCGUCCAUCAAAUAUCCAGAGUGCAGCCCCAGCAAGUUCAUCAAUGGUUGAAGUUGUGGUGUCAGAUGUAGAUGGAAAUUACAUUCCUCUUGAUGGUUUCGAUGAUAUAGAAUGGUGCGAAGUAACUGGAACGGAGGCUGAUUUAGAAAUAGAGUUAGGAACCGAAACUGAACCCCUUGCAGUGCUAACUCCUGCUGCCUUUCAGGAUAUUCAAGAGCUAACGGUGAAAGAGAUUAUUAAGGAUUUGGGCCGUCAAAUAAUCAGCGAACAGCAGAGACCGCUGUACAUCUCUAGAUCCAAUGUUUUUCGGUCUGCCCAUAUUGGACUCAACAGCCCACUCUUCGAUCCAAAAAAGGCUUUAUUUAUUAAAUUCGUGGACCAAUGAAAUAUGGACGAAAUUGGAAUUGAUACAGGGG